AAGAGUUGGCCUCAGGAAUGGUUUUAGUUCUGGGUUGACAGAGAGUUUGGGGGCCAUGCUUUCUGGGGUUCCUCCAGUUUCAGUUAGACCAUUAAGUAGAAGAAGGAUUCUUUACAGUGGCUCCAAACUCGGGAAAGCAUGGGACUUUGUAAGAGAAAGAACGAAGGGCCUUGGGAUGUCAGACUUUUGAUUCUUAGAUGGUUAUUUUGGUCGUUGUUACCUGUAAUGACUGAAAGGAAAGUUAUGCUGCAGCUAAGGGAGAAUGGCUUUGGGCAAAGGCAAGGCCGGUUAAAUGGGAUGAUUGAUAGGGGACCGAGUCUUCUGGUUCCACCCAGACGGAGGCCCAAGGCCGUAUGAAUGAGAAUAUAGUCAAUGGGUGGAGAAGAUGCAACUGGAAUAUUUUAAAAAGGGUUAUGUUUUUUGGAUUAUGUGUUUAAUUAAAUGUACUAUGGAUAUUGAAUGUUUCUUCUACAUAUUGUAAAGCAGACAUAAAUGCAUGAUAAACCCAAAAACCAAACCCGAUGCCUUCAAGUCGAUUCCGACUCAUAGCGACCCUAUGGAACAGAAUAGAACUGCCCCAUAGGGUUUCCAGGGAGCAACUGGUGGAUCCAAACUGCUGACCUUUUGGUUAGCAGCCGAGCUCUAAACCACUGCGCCAGCAGAGCUCCAAAUAUAUGAUAGAUAGGAAUAUUGGGUAUUAUAGAUUAUGGAGAGCUUGUAACUCUGCCCUCAGCCAAUACUUGAUUGGAUAUGCUAAAAAGGGAACUAGAGUUUGCCUGAAAGAAACACAGCCUGUUGGUUUAAAUGCAGUAGCCCUGUGUGUAGAGUAUUGGGGCCUUAGGUCAAAAGCCUGAGCCCCACCCAGGAAACUUAUAUUUGUAAAGACAUGGAGAACCACCUAGAACUGCUGAGAGAAUAGAUGAUUUGCAUUUGAAGGAAUGACCUGCUGAAAAAUAAAUGACUGUUUUGCUUUUUCAAUUUCGAGCAGGUAGUUUGCCAUUGGCUACAUCGAGGAAGGAAAAGUUAGUGCCCAUCAGAAGGAACUGCCUUCCAGGACUGGACGUUAAAGGGAGCCAGCAAGUAGAUAGCUUGAUCGACUCGCUUGUGGUGACCACCUGGGUCCACUCAUGAGUGGAAGUCGGAGAAACGCAGCAAUGAAGAGAUGGGCUGAAUUUGGACAUGUUCCAUUGGCACUCGUCAGCCUAGCCCCCAGGGGCUAAGGAUGAGAGAGAAAAAGGGCUGGCUGAUCAGAAGUAAAGGGAGUUGUGUGGACUCCUAUCUCAUGUAAUUUGGCGAUGUUAUCAAGACAGACCAGUCCAUGGAGAAAGACAUCAUGCUUGGUAAAGCAGAAGCCUACAGGUCCUGACUCCCCAGCAACAUGAGAGUCAAUUGAAGGAAGGAAGAAGAGAUUGAAGGAUUUGAGUAUUAUUUCUGGGGACACCAUUCCUGAGAGAGUGAGAUUUCUGAACAGAAAUUAGAGCUGAUCCAGAAAACAGAAAGACAGAGCAUCUCAGUUGCUGGCAAUGUCCCAAGAACAAAAGAAAAUGGUCAAGGUGCAGGAAUCACUGACAUUCAGCGAUGUGGCUGUGAAGUUCACCUGGGAGGAGUGGCAGCUCCUGGAUCCUGCUCAGAAGGACCUGUACUGGGACGUGAUAUUGGAGAACUAUAGCAACCUUGUGUCCAUUGGGUAUCAAGUUAGCAAACCAGAUGUGCUCUCUAGGUUGGAACUAGGAGAACAACCAUGGACUAUAUUGUAUGAACGCCAUAGUGGAAUCUUUUCUGAAAUCCAGAAAGGUGAUGAUCAUCUGCUUGGACACUUGCAAAAAGAAAGAAGGUUGGAUGUAAUGGAACAAUGCUGUGAACAUAAUGCAUUGGAAAAUAUUGUUCAUCAGCACAAAAUUCAGUUUCCUUUAAGGGAAAAUCAUGGUAUGUUUGACUUAUAUGAAAAAACUAUGAAAUCAAGUUUAACUUUACCAGCAGUUAACCAGAGAAAAAGCAAUGAAAUAAAAAACUUUCCUGAGCCUAACGGAGAUGAGAAUACCUUUCUACAUGCUGACCACGAGCAAUUUUGUAAUGAAAUGCAAUUUCCCGAGAGUCAAAAAUCAAAUAGCGCUGAGUCCCAACUCAUUAAGCAUCAGAAAACUCACAAAAUAGAAAGACGACAUGUAUGCAGUGAAUGUGGGAAAACCUUCAUCAGGAAGUCUUUGCUCAUUGAGCAUCAGGUCAUUCAUACAGGAGAGAAACCCUAUAGAUGCAGUCUGUGUGGGGAAACCUUUUUUAAAAAGUUCAAGCUCAUUGAACAUCAUCACACAACUCAUAAAGGACAAAAACCUUACAAAUGCACAGAAUGUGACAAAGCCUAUCUUCAUAAAUCACAGCUCAAUAAACAUCAGAAAACUCAUAUGGCAGAGAAACCCUACAUAUGCUGUGAAUGUGGAAAAGGCUUCAUCCAGAAGACACAUCUUACUAUUCAUCAGCGAACUCAUACUGGAGAGAAACCAUAUAUAUGCAGUCAAUGUGGAAAAGGCUUCAACCAGAAGGGAAGUCUCAUUAUUCAUCAGCGAACUCAUACUGGAGAGAAACCCUAUAUAUGCAGUGAAUGUGGAAAAGGCUUCAUCCAGAAGGGAGAUCUCACUAUUCAUCAGCGAACUCAUACUGGAGAGAAACCCUAUAUCUGCAGUGAAUGUGGAAAAGGCUUCAACCAGAAAGGAAGUCUCAUUAUUCAUCAGCGAACUCAUACUGGAGAGAAACCCUAUGUAUGUGGUGAAUGUGGUAAAGGUUUCAGCCAGAAGUCAUACCUCAUAGCACAUCAGAGAUUUCACACAGGGAAGAUUCCCUUUUCAUGUAGUGAAUGUGGAAAAUCUUAUUCCCAGAAGGCAACUCUCAUUAGACAUCGAAAAAUUCACACAGGAGAGAAACCCUUUCAAUGCAAUGAAUGUUGGAACGUCUUCGAAACGAAGCCAAAGCUCAUUGUACAUCAAAGAUCUCAUAUAGGAGAGAAACCACAUGGCUCCAAUGGACGUGGACAAACUUUUGUCUAUGCUUCUAACUUUUAUUCACAUAAAAGAAAACACAAAAGAGAGAAACAUGUAGAUUCAAUCAAGGUGGAAAAUUGUCCCACAACAAGUCACGGCUCAUCACAUACUAGUGAUCUCAUGCAGGUGAAAAGCCCUGUUAAUAUAUCGACUCUCCAAAUGCCUUCUGUAGCAGCUGAGACAUCAGUAAACAUCCGUGGGCUCAUAACUAAUAGGGACAUAGUCCUUGUGGGACAACCUGUUGCUAGAUGUGAACCCUCAGGAGAUAACAGAGAAUUUGUAGAGCAGAGAAACCUUACGAAUUCAGUGAAUGUGGUAGUGCCUUCACUGAUCAAUUAUGUCUUAUUUUAUGUUACAUAAACCCUGUAAGAAAAGUGUAGCAGGGGCAUCUGGCCUGUAACUUCCCAAGCGUGAAGGAGAAUCAAGAUCAACAGCGCAGGCUGAUUCGUAUCAGGUGGAGGUUAGACAUGCAUUCUCCCUCCACCCGUUUUACCAGUUCUGAACCCAACUGUCCCUCCCAUGGCACUCUGCUUCUCUGCUGGGUUCAGUAAUUCAUUGCAGUGAUCACACCGAACUCACAGACAAUACUCAUGGGAAGUAAAACGUUACAGUUCAGUUUCAGGAAUGCUCAGGAUACAAUUCUUUGGUCAGAACAGCCUCUUCUCAGUGUGCCUGCAGGCACACCUCUCUGUGGCCUUUUGGCCUCUCAGCCACUCAACUCGGCAUCUGUCCUAUUCGGGCAAGUGCUACAAAACUCUUCAGCUCUGUUGAUAAGUGCCCUUAGGCAUGCUACUCUGCCAGUAAGCCUCAUGUCUGAAGGUGCUCAGGUUUCUCAUUCUGUGGGCCAGGAAGCACACCACCUGUCUUCUGCUGAUCUCCUAGUUCUGCUGUUACUGGUGCUGUCGUUUCUCUGCCACUGCUUCUCACUGUUUCUGGUGUUAAAGCUCUCCCUCACUGCCCUAGUUCUGCUGCCUCUGUGGACCUUCGCUGUCUUCUGUUACAGCUCCUCUCACCCUCUGUCUCUCUCCCCAUGUCUCCCUUUAAUCCUAGUGGGAUGACAAAACUAACCUAUUCCCUCAUUAGGGUUCCAUACAUCUUACUUGCAUGGUCCCACCCCCACAAGUGUGCCAUGCAUCUUAAUUACAUUAUUCGCAAGCCAUCAAAUCCCCUUGGUGGGCCACAAGCACCUUAUUUGCCUCGUUCCACCCAAUCAUUUGGUGAGAGUUACAAGACCAUGGCAAGAAAGGCCAUAUAAAAGUGACACAUUGCACUGCAAACCUGUAGGAUAAACUCAGAUACAUUCACUGGGGACUAGGGUUGAGCAAAAAUUUCUGCCUCAUUGCAUGGCUACAAACUGUAUCCUGAGGGAAAUAUAUGAAUACAGAGACUGGGAAACCUGAUACAUUCAUCCUAUGUAAAUAUGUGUUUUAUUAUGGAGACAUACUGUGAUGUCAGCAGAAACACAUAUAUGUCACUUGUGCCAAUUAAAUGAAAAACCACAUAGUUGGUGGUUCCUGGGAAAGGAGCAAUACUGAAUUGGUGGGAUACGGGGCAUAUAUAUGUCAGUUCAGUUUCCCCAGAUCAAGUUGAAGGAUUAACUGAAAACCGGAUUGUCUACCAUAUAUAAUAGGACUUUAUAUUAUGCAGAAAAAGGAAAAAAUAGUCUUAUGUUGAGUUUAUUCAUUAACAAAUAUUUGUCACAUACUUCCUUUGUACUUGGCCCCAUUUCCAGGAGCUGAGGAUACAGUGGUGGAUAAAAAAGAAAAAGCCCAUUCUGCCGUCUUAGAGUAUUGACUUCAAUCAUAUUUAAGUGGGAUCUUUAUACUCCCACUAAUCUAGUCAAAGGAUGCCACGGUGCAGUGAGUUACUUAUAUGGCCCUUCUAGCCAUGGUCUUUGUGACACACACACAUACUGAUUGAGUGCACUGUGCAAAUAAGGUGUAUCGAAUUUGUGAUGGUUGGGGUUAUGUGUCAACUUGGCUAGGACAUGAUUCCCAGCAUUGUAUGGUUGUCCUCUAUUUGAUGUAUUAUAAAUCCUAACCUCUACAUAUUAACAAGGCAGAGUUGGUGUGGAGUGUAUCGAGUGCAGGAAGGCAUGACUCAGGCCCCACCCUUACUCAAGUUAUGCCCUUCCCUGGAGUGUGGCCUGCAUCCAAGAUACAUAUGUGGGUGCCCUGGUUGGGGGGCACACUGUUUUUCUGCAUAUGGAUCCUGCAUCCGGUUUGUGAUCGUCUAACAUCAUUCUUGGGACUUCAGCCAGUGACCUACUGUUUGACUUGCCGAUUCUGGGAUUCACCAGCAUUUGCAGCCCUUUGGGUCAGUAGCCUAUUGUCUGACCUGAUUCACCAGCUUCCGCAGCCUUAUGAACCAGCAGCCUGUGUUCUGACCUGCCAGUUUAGGUUCGUCAGCCCCUGCAGCCACAUGGGCUGGGGAGAAGCCUAAGCCUGACCCACACAUUUGGGACAUUCCAGCUUCCACAAUCAUAUGAGACACUUCCUUGAUAUGGUUCAUGAGUUUUGUGAGACGUUGUAUCGAAUUAUGGAACCUAAAGAUGGGAGAGAGAGUGCUGAGGGGAAGAGAAGUAGUAGAUGUUAGAGAUGAUGGAGUGGUACAGCAGUUUAGAAAAGUUGGACAUUUGGCAUAUCUUUAACCUCUGCCUUAUGGGAACAAGCUUUGUGCUGAUUCUUAUAAAAGAAAUUGCUCACUUAGAUGCGAUAUCUACAUUAGGUGAAAUAGGCAUGGAAUAAUUUGUACAAGGGGUUUAAGUUAGAACUUUUAGAAGUUAGAAUUCUUAUGACAAUUUCUCGUUAAAAUCUGACAUUGAGUUAAUUCUGACUCAUGGUGACCACAUGUGCUUGAGAGUAGAAUUGUGCUUUAGGGUUUUCCUUGGCUGAUUUUUCACAAGUAGAUUGCUAGGUCUUUCUUCUGAGGCACCUCUGGGUGGACUUGAACCUCCAAUCUUUUAGGUUUGUAAAUGAGUGCAUUAACCAUUUAACUACGCACGGACUCUUGAGGAAAGACUCCUUUUAAUGGUACUUAAGCAGCCUAGGAAACUUAUUUUUUAAUGUCCAUGCCUUAACAUGUAGAUUAUAAAUUCUUUGUUUUUGUAACUGUUUACCCCCAAGUUAUAAGUUCCUUGACAGUUUUUCUGAGUAUUUAUACCCAGAUUAUAAAUAAAUUGAUAGCUGUAACUUGUUACUAUUUAAAAAAUAAAAAACAAAGAUCAUUUUCUUAGUUAUUUAAAAAUGGUGAUGUGACAAUAUCUGACCUCCUCUGACUUCAG